AUGGGUAUAAGGUUCUUGAAUCUGCAAAUCAUCCCGUGGUGUUUUCAUUUGAUGGGCAAUCCUAUAUCAUGCUUGCAAAUCCAGUCUGAGCCACCGGCAGGUACAAUCAAGCUUAUAAGAUCGGAUGGGCUAGUGAAGAUCUAUGACAGACCAAUCUAUGUUUCUGAGCUAAUGGUAGAGUUUCCUAAACACUUGGUUUGCCAUUCAGAUUCAUUCUAUAUAGGCCAAAAGAUCCCAGCUCUUUCUGAGAAUGACCUGCUUCAAUUAGGCCACAAGUACUUUCUUCUACCUAAACAUUGCUUCCAAUCUGUGCUGUCUUUUGUCACUAUAGCUUCCUUCGCCAGCUCCUCGCUACAGCCUCAGCCAUCAUCUUCAAGAAAUGCGUUUCUAAAAAAGGCAGCUACUUGCCAACCUUUUGAUAUUCAAAAAUCUCCAAAUGGGUGUUUGAGGAUACGUGUAUCAGAUGAGUUUUUAUCACAAUUAAUGGAGGAAGGUAAAGUCAAGGAGAGUGAAGAAGAUGAGAGCUCAAGAAAUUGUACACCAACAAGCAGGGUUUGCACUACUCCUCAGUUAGAGAAAGAUUAUACGCAGCUUGUUGGGUCACGCCAAUGGAAACCAAAGUUGGAGUCAAUAAGGGAGAGCGAAAAGAGGAAGCUUUCUUCUUCCUUUGGAAUGAAGAGAAGUAAGAAAUCUCAGUCUAAAGUGACACAAAAGAGUACUCAAGAACAACACCUUCAUUCAACACCUACCAAUCAUAGCAAGUCUUCUCUAAAAGCCAAGAUCAAUAUUAAAUCAAGAAAAUGA